GCACACGGCCUCCCGCGCGCGCGGCGGGGACGCGGGGCCACACCUGGGCGCCGCCGCCCGGUGCCCGGAGCCUCCGCAUGGGCCGCCGCUGACCGAGGGCCCCGACGGAGACGCCCCGGUGCGUCGUCGGCGCCCACCCGCCCAGGGGAGGGUCAGACCUGGGGGGGCUAGGGCCCCCCAAACUCGGAUCGGAUCCAACGCGAUCGAGGAGGCGCCAUGGAGCUGCGGGCGCUGCUCUGCUGGGCUUCGCUGGCUGCCGCUUUAGAAGAAACUCUGCUAAACACAAAACUGGAAACUGCAGAUCUGAAGUGGGUGACAUUCCCUCAGGUGGAAGGGCAGUGGGAAGAGCUCAGCGGCCUGGACGAGGAGCAGCACAGUGUGCGCACCUACGAGGUGUGUGAUAUGCAGCGUGCCCCUGGCCAGGCGCACUGGCUGCGCACGGGCUGGGUACCCCGGCGCGGUGCCGUGCAUGUCUACGCCACGCUGCGCUUCACCAUGCUUGAGUGCCUGUCCCUGCCCCGGGCCGGUCGGUCCUGCAAGGAGACCUUCACCGUCUUCUACUAUGAGAGUGAGGCAGACACGGCCACAGCACACACGCCAGCCUGGAUGGAGAACCCCUACAUCAAGGUGGACACAGUGGCUGCUGAGCACCUGACUCGGAAGCGCCCAGGGGCCGAGGCCACCGGCAAGGUGAACGUGAAGACGCUGCGGCUCGGGCCGCUCAGCAAGGCCGGCUUCUACCUGGCCUUCCAGGACCAGGGCGCCUGCAUGGCGCUGCUGUCCCUCCACCUCUUCUACAAGAAGUGCUCCGAGAAGACCAUGAACCUCACCCGCUUCCCAGAAACUGUGCCCCGCGAGCUGGUGGUGCCCGUGGCGGGCAGCUGCGUGGCCAAUGCACGCCCCGCACCUGGUCCCAGCCCCAGCCUCUACUGCCGGGAAGAUGGCCAGUGGGCAGAGCAGCCCGUCACCGGCUGCUGGUGUGUGCCUGGGUUCGAGGCCACUGAGGGGAACAAAAAAUGCAGAGCCUGUGGCCAGGGCACCUUCAAGCCCCAGUCAGGAGAGGGGUCCUGCCAGCCGUGCCCAGCCAACAGCCACACGAACACCAUCGGAUCGCCCUUCUGCCAGUGCCGGAAUGGCUACUACCGGACCCGCGCAGACGAGCGCAGCGCCCCCUGCACCACCCCGCCCUCGGCGCCCCGGAGCGUGGUCCCGCACCUGAACGGCUCCCACCUGCGCCUGGAGUGGAGCGCGCCCCUGGAGUCGGGGGGCCGGGACGACCUCACCUACGCCCUGCGCUGCCACGAGUGCCGCCCUGGGGGCUCCUGCCUGCCCUGCGGGGGAGACCUGACCUUCGACCCCGGCCCCCGGAACCUCCAGGAGCCCUGGGUGGCAGUUCGAGGGCUGCGCCCCGAUUUCACCUACACCUUCGAGGUCUCCGCCCUGAACGGCGUGUCUUCCUUAGCCUCAGGGCCUGUGCCAUUUGAGGCCGUCAAUGUCACCACGGACCGCGAGGUGCCACCUGCAGUAUCUGACAUUCGUGUGACCCGGUCAUCACCCAGCAGCUUGAGCCUUUCGUGGGCUGUUCCCCGAGCACCCAGCGGGGCUGUGUUGGAUUAUGAAGUCAAGUACCAUGAGAAGGGUGCGGAGGGGCCUAGCAGUGUGCGGUUCCUGAAGACAUCAGAGAACCGAGCGGAGCUCCGGGGGCUGAAGCGGGGAGCCAGCUACCUGGUCCAGGUGCGGGCACGCUCUGAAGCCGGCUACGGCCCCUUUGGCCUCGAGCACCACAGUCAGACACAGCUGGAUGAGAGUGAGAACUGGCGCGAGCAGCUGGCCCUCAUUGUGGGCACGGCGGUCGUGGGCGUGGUGCUGGUGGUGGUGGUGGUGGUGAUCGCCGUGCUCUGCCUCAGAAAGCACAGCAGUGAGAGGGAGGUGGAGUACUCAGACAAGCACGGACAGUAUCUCAUCGGGCAUGGUACGAAGGUCUACAUUGACCCCUUCACUUACGAAGACCCUAAUGAGGCAGUGAGGGAAUUUGCCAAAGAGAUCGACGUGUCCUACGUCAAGAUUGAGGAGGUGAUCGGUGCAGGCGAGUUUGGAGAGGUGUGCCGGGGGCGGCUGAAGGCCCCGGGAAAGAAGGAGAGCUGCGUAGCAAUCAAGACCCUCAAGGGUGGCUACACAGAGCGCCAGCGUCGCGAGUUCCUGAGCGAGGCCUCCAUCAUGGGCCAGUUUGAGCACCCCAACAUUAUCCGCCUGGAAGGAGUGGUAACCAACAGCGUGCCCGUCAUGAUCCUCACGGAGUUCAUGGAGAAUGGAGCCCUGGACUCCUUCCUGCGGCUGAACGACGGGCAGUUCACGGUCAUCCAGCUGGUGGGCAUGCUUCGGGGCAUCGCCUCGGGCAUGCGCUACCUGGCCGAGAUGAGCUAUGUCCACCGAGACCUGGCGGCCCGGAACAUCCUGGUCAAUAGCAACCUGGUCUGCAAGGUGUCUGACUUCGGACUCUCACGGUUCCUGGAGGAGAACUCUUCCGAUCCCACCUAUACCAGCUCUCUGGGAGGAAAGAUCCCUAUCCGAUGGACAGCCCCCGAGGCCAUCGCCUUCCGGAAGUUCACAUCCGCCAGUGAUGCCUGGAGCUACGGGAUUGUGAUGUGGGAAGUGAUGUCUUUUGGGGAGCGGCCAUAUUGGGACAUGAGCAAUCAGGAUGUGAUCAACGCCAUUGAGCAGGACUACCGGCUGCCCCCGCCCCCGGACUGCCCCACCUCCCUCCACCAGCUCAUGCUGGACUGCUGGCAGAAAGACCGGAAUGCCCGACCACGCUUCCCCCAGGUGGUCAGCGCCCUCGACAAGAUGAUCCGCAACCCUGCCAGCCUCAAAAUCGUGGCCCGGGAGAAUGGCGGGGCCUCACACCCCCUCCUGGACCAGCGACAGCCUCACUAUUCCGCCUUUGGGUCUGUGGGUGAGUGGCUCCGAGCCAUCAAGAUGGGAAGAUAUGAAGAAAGCUUUGUAGCAGCUGGAUUCGGCUCCUUUGAGCUUGUCAGCCAGAUUUCUGCUGAGGACCUGCUCCGAAUCGGGGUCACUCUGGCAGGACACCAGAAGAAAAUCUUGGCCAGCGUCCAGCACAUGAAGUCCCAAGCCAAGCCUGGAGCCCCCAGCGGGCCAGAAGGAGCAGCCCCCCAGUACUGACCUCCCUGAGGACGCCGCAGUCGCUCCUUUUUUCCUGGGGCACAGUCAGGGGCACGCACAGAGACCCUCAGCCCUGCGCCCCGUGGAUUGCACUUUGAACCCGUGGGGGUGGGGAGUUGGCAAUUGGGGAGAGACAGGAUUUGGGGUUUGUGCCAUGGAAAGCAGAGAAGCCCAUUCCAGGCGGGAACCCCAGACCCAAGAGUGGGCAUGAACAGAGGGUGUGAGGAGACGCCCAGUAUCUCCCAGCCUCUCCAGAGGGUGCUCCCCCCCCCACACACCUUGAUCAUGCCCCCCUGCAGACCAAAGAGAGGGUGGCCAGCCUGCCAGCUCACCUGUGGCGCGGUCCCAGGAGGCAGGAGAGGGUGUUGAGGCUCAGUGAGUCAUCCAUCACUGGGUUUUGAUGCCCCUGCCACCCAAUGCAAUCAUUUCCCUUGUAAAUGCCCCUCCCCCAUCUGCUGCCUUCAUAUUGAAGGUUCUGAAUUUUAUAUAUAUAUAGAUAGAUAUAUAUUUGUUUUGUUUUGUUUUUGGUCUUAUUUUUCCUUCGCCCCCCUUUUUUUUUUCUCUUUCUGCCGUCCUUGUCCUCAUGUCUGUUUGUGUUGGGGGCACCUGUGUUGCUGUCUCCUUCUUUGCCCAAGUGUGGAACAGGGACCCACCCAUGUGUCUGUUUCCAGAACAAUGCCUGGGUCCCCCAAGGACCCCCCCCUCCCCAAGCUGUGUCCACAAAAGAGUGCAGCAAGAACGGGGGGGUGGGAAGGCAACCUGAGACAGAGCAAUGCUUGGAGGGACUCUUAAAUUAUAUUUAAAAAAACUUCUUUUGU